AUGGCUCGUGGUAACCAGCGCGAAAAGGCUAGGGAAAAGAACCUCAAGGCCGAGGCGGGAAAGCAAUCCGGCACCGAGUUUGCCCGAACCAAGGAGUCUGUAGCAGAGAUCAUGCGCGCGAAGCAAGCAGCUGCCGAGGCGAAGAAGGCGGCUGAAGCAGGCGCCAAGAAAUGA